CUGAAUUCACUGAGUAUAAAUAUUAAAUAUGUAAUUUGCAAUCACAGUUUGUAUUUACAAAAAGUAUAAUAUAAAGUACCGCCACUCUUUAAAUACAUUUUUUUUUUAUAUAAAAUGGCAAUGGCUAACGAUACACCCGAAAGCGAUUUUUCAAUCGAAUGCUUCCAAAACUAUUCGGCCCCAGAGGUUUUUGUUCAAGGGUUGGCUGGAAUGGUAGAUCAAACUGAUGUAGAAAUGAUAAUACGUGCACAAAAAACGAUGCUACAACGCUUUGAGAAAACAACAGAAAUGCUAACAAACUGCAAUCAAUUGUCGGCCAGCCGACUUCGAGCUGCUUCAGUGGAGUUCAAGAAACACACUCAACUACUUCUAGACAUGAAAAAGGAUUUGGAAUUUAUAUUUAAAAAGAUUAGAGCCAUCAAAACUAAGCUAAGCACACAGUAUCCCGAUGCAUAUAAAGUUGCAAUUGCAGCAGCAGUAGAACAUAAAAAACCAAUAGAAGAAGAGGAAGAUUUCAAAGCAGAAACUAAAAUUGAAUCCAAAAUGGUUGCAACGGUUUCAACAGAAACAUUAAAACCAGCAAGUGUGGACGAGAAGAAAUCAAAGAAAAAAUUGUCUAAACCAGAAAUUGAUAUUAAUUGUAACGAAGGAGAAGGUUCUAGAACAACGAGAAAGGUUAAAAGUAGUAGUUCUUCUGAAACGGAGAGUGCAAGUUCAGGGGACGAAGAGAGCACAGAUACUGGUUGAAAUAUUUAAUUAUUAAUUGAUAAUUUGAGUUUCAAACUAUUACAUUGUAAGUUUGCUUGAAAUAUUUCAUAUAAUUGAGCAUGUAAAAACUCAAUAAGAUUGCAUUAAUAUUGACAAAAAAGAUAUGAAAGUUUUAACCAACAUUUAUUGAUGCGUUUGUCUGGGUUGGUACCAACCACACAUCAUAUAUUCUACCACCAAACAGUAAUAGUUAGUAUUGUUGUAUUCCAAUUUGAAGGGACAAUGAGCCAGUGUAAAGGGACAUAACAUCUUAGUU